CGCUGUUUCUCAAUUUGAUUUCUCGCUGUUUAUUAUCCUUCCACGGAAUCAGCUUGAACCAGGAAGAAAAAAGAAGAAGAAGAAGAAAUGGCGCCGGUGAAUCAGGAUAAGGACAGAGACCACCGGCCAUCGGCGGAUUUCUUCAUUGAGGAAGACGACGACGGAGAUUUGGGCAGAGCGGAGGCAGGCAACGACAGAAGCGGCGCAGGAACAGACACCACCUCCAGCUCGAGCUCCAGCAGCGGCGGCGACGGCGGCGGCGGCUCCGACGCGGAAGGUGACGACGAGGAGAAGAAUGCCGACGACGACGGCGGAGGCGUCGGGACUUUCACCUCUCGGCAAUGGCCACAGAGUUAUCGAGAAACGAUGGAUUCUUACUCGAUUGCAAUGUCGCCGAGCCUUGCAUUCAUGGGGCCGGUGCAACAGCUGGCGCCUUACUUGAGCUUCAUGAGUAACGCGGACACGGAAUCAAAGGCUCCAUUGAUUCCCGAGCGAGACAGGAGCUACAUGAGGAGGGUCGAAUCGGAUAGGUUCUCGCUAGCACAAUCGUCUUUCUCGAAAGCUUCAUUCGCAAAUACGGAGUUCCAGAAUCCACAUGGGUGUAGCUUCACUCAAACUCUGUUCAACUCGCUGAAUGUAAUGGUGGGGAUCGGGCUACUCUCGACGCCUUACACCGUGAGGGAAGGAGGGUGGAUCAGUUUGUUUAUAGUAGCAUUUUUUGGGAGCGUCUGCUGUUACACUGCUUAUCUGAUGAAGCAAUGCUUUGAGAGCCGAGAUGGCAUAACAACAUAUCCGGACAUGGGAGAAGCUGCAUUCGGGAAGUUUGGGCGCCUAGGAAUAUCUGUAAGUUGUUCUGACUCCAAAUUUUGUCUGUGCUACCAGCAUAUCCUUUUGUACACGGAGUUGUAUUCUUAUUGUGUGGAAUAUAUUACCUUGGAAGGGGAUAACCUGGCCAGGCUAUUUCCUGGUGUAUCCUUUGAUUUGGCUGGGAUAUAUCUCGAUUCCACGCAUUUCUUUGGGAUUCUGACUGCUAUUCUUGUGCUGCCAACUGUUUUGUUAAGAGACCUCCGUUUCAUCUCCUUUCUUUCAGCUGGUGGAGUUUUUGCUACAAUUUUGAUUAUUUUCUCCCUGCUUUUCGUGGGUACCGCUGAAGGAGUUGGGUUCCAUCAAAAUGGCCCGCUUGUGAAAUGGAACGGGGUUCCAUUUGUUAUAGGUGUAUGUGUAUUCAAUUAUUCAGGUCACUCGGUUUUCCCCAACAUCUACCAGUCAAUGGCCAAUAAAGCAGAAUUUACAAAGACUGCAAUAGCAUGUUUUUCCGUGUGCGCUCUCUUGUAUGGGGGAGUUGCAGCCAUGGGAUUUCUCAUGUUUGGUGGGGCUACACUGUCACAAGUGACAUUGAACAUGCCACAGGACAGCAUUACUUCAAAAGUUGCAAUCUGGACUAUUGUAUGUCUAGAGUUGAACUUGCUCAAUACUACUUUCAAGCAAUAUAAGCUGUCCAAACACUUCUAUCGAUUCGUCACCAUCGUUAGUUUUCAUAAACUGAUGUGGGGAAAGAAGCUGCUUUUUCAUAUUAGUUGGACUAGAUACGCAGGUUUUCUUUUCUGUGAUUCCUUAACAGAGAACACAUAUUCAUUGUUGAUGAAUCCGUUGGCUCGAAGCAUAGAGGAACUUUUGCCAGUUAACGUCGUCUCCAACUAUUGGUGUUUUAUUCUUCUGAGAGCCGUACUUGUUUUCUCUACUGUUGCUGCUGCAUUUCUUCUCCCCUUUUUUGGUCUUGUGAUGUCUUUGAUGGGUUCAGGCCUCUGUGUACUUAUGGCUGUCAUAAUGCCGUCUCUGUGCUUCUUGAGAAUCAUGGGGAAGAAAGCCACGAGAACACAUAUUGUUCUUAGCUCCGCGAUUACUGUGGUGGGCGCUGUCUGCGCCAUCAUCGGAACUUACUCUUCAGUUGAAAAGAUCGUGCAGAGCUUCUGAGAUUGUUUCUGUAGGUCCUCUUGCCAAUGCUUUUCAAAGCGUUUUUCUGGAGGUUAUGCCGCCCACCUUGAAGGUGUGGUUAAUGUAGAAUAUCCUGUUGAAAGAGCGUUCUGUAGUGUAACCAGCUAUUGAUGUCUGGGAUUUUUUUUUUUUGGUGUAAGUUUAGUACGGGUCAUCAUCUUGUAGAAAGUAAUAAAAGUUCUUCAUGGCCUUAGUUUGAUCAUGAAGUUUUUGUGUCUCCAAUGCGAAACCUUUGUCACUUUGAUGGCUGUUAUUUAUUAAUUCGUUUGAUCGGGAAUAACGUGUAUUUGGACUAGGAAUGAUAACGGGUCAGGGUAAACCAUCGCAUGCUGAUAUU